UUAGAGAUCUAGCCGGCGACUAGAUCAGUGAUAAGCCCCCUCGCACUCGAUUGGCGGCCCGCGUCAAAACGACGGCCUCUUCGCAGCGACGGAACCCACGGCCUCCGUCCGCACUUGCCUGCUCCCUCCAACCUCCGCCGCUGUGCUGGACGCUGCUCGAUGGCGGAUUACAACGCCGUCUUUCAAAACUGCUACUAUGUCGGAAACAACUUCAACGCCAUCCUCUACGGCGUGGAGCUCGUGCUGUACUUCGCGAGUGUCCGCCUCAUCCUCUCAAGCAAGGACAAGACCAAUGUCGACCGCCGCCCCUUCCUGUACUUCAGCACAGCGCUCCUGGUCAUGAUCACCAUCUAUGUCGCGGUACAAGCCGUCUUCGGAGAGGAGAUGUGGAUUGUGCAUGCCGACUACGCCGGCGGCUCCGCACAGUACCUGGCAGACAACGCAGCUGUAUGGUACCAAACGCUGGGUAGCGCGUCAUCCAUCGUGCUCAACCUCAUGAGCGACGGUCUUCUGCUCUACAGAUGCUACGUCGUAUGGGGAGACUUGCGCGUCAUCGCAUUCCCCUUCGUUCUCUACCUCGGGACCGCGGCGCUGGGCAUCCUCACCUGCUAUGUCUCUGGCACGCCCAACGCGGACUUCUUCCUCGGCGAGGCACAGCAAAUCGCGCUCUCGUACUCGUCGGUCGUGAUCGGGCUGAACGUGACUUGCUCGACGCUCAUCUGCGUGCGCAUCCUUAUGCUUUCGCGGAACAUGCGCGGGGUCCUCGGCGCGGACGUCAUGCAGACUUACACGGGCGCAGUCGCGCUAAUCGUCGAGAGCGCGCUCCCAUACACUCUUUUCGGGAUUGCGUACGUGGUCUCGCUCGGGCUUCAAAGUCCGACCUCCAUCCUCUUCCUCUCCAUCUACGUGAUGUUCACGUGCAUCUCCCCGCAGAUGAUCGUGCUACGCGUACUGAUGGGCCGCGCGUGGUCGCGCGACGCCGCGACACGCACGCGCACGUCGAUGCACUUUAACACGCCCGCCGGGGACAGCUCGAUGCUCACUUCCGGAUUUACGGGCACGACCGCUGCGGAGGGCCCUGGGGGUACCGCGAUCAACCUGCACGCGCUCAGCCACACGAGCUCGUCCCAGCGCGACCUCUCCGUGGACAAGGUCUAGC